AUGUCCUUCGAAAGCGUGAUGCCCCCAUAUAACGCCUCGGACCCGACGGCCUCCUUUCUCAACUCCUCCUGUCUCGACUUCCUCCUCAUCGAGCUCGUGCCAAUGGCCUUCCGCGUGACGAGGGAGCUCGACAUAGUUCCGACGGAGGCAUCUGAUGCUGCCGGAGAUGCGUCGUCGUCAAUGAGCCACAGUCAAGCUGCGCCAGGAGCUGGUCUAGCGCCGUCGAGUGCGAGCGGAGCGGUUCAGGCGGGCAGCGCGCGGAAGAUGGACGAAGAUGAGGAGAGGGAUGCUGUCUUUUAUCGUCUCGAGACGCUGGGAUAUAGAGUUGGACAGGGACUUGUGGAGAGGUUCUCGAGGGAUAGGCCGCGGUUCAACGAUACGCUCGACGUCAUCAAGUUCGUGUGCAAGGACCUGUGGUCGCUGGUGUUCCGGAAACAAGUCGACAACCUCAAGACUAAUCAUAGGGGCGUCUACGUGUUGACAGACAAUUCAUUCAAGCCGUUCUCGAGAAUGAGCACGGAGACGGGGGGUCAGGCUGUGGUUCGGGCACAACCGUUUCUCUGGUUUCCUUGCGGAAUCGUCCGUGGAGCCCUGGCGGCAUUGGGGAUCAAUGCCACCGUCCAGGCCGAGACGAACGAACUGCCGGCCGCCAUCUUCCAGAUUAAGACGCUACCUUCGAGCACAUAG